GUGGAAAAUUUACAGCCAGAAAUAAAAAACAUUGCAAGGCAUCUUAACCAAGAAGUUGCAGUUCUUGCAAAUCAGUUGAGGUGGUCCAAAAGAGUUGCCAGGCUCACUUAUCUAAAGAAUAUGCGGAGGCUUGUUUCAGAGCUGUAUGUUCGGGAUAACUGCCAUCCUUUCAAAGCCACUGUAUUGGUCUGGAUUCAGUUUCCAAUGUGGAUCUUCAUGUCUGUUGCUCUCCGGAAUUUUAGCACAGGGGCAACACAUUCAGAAGGGUUUUCUGUUCAGGAACAGUUAGCUACUGAUGGAAUCCUGUGGUUUCCUGACCUCACUGCACUGGAUUCUACUUGGAUCCUGCCUAUUUCCAUUGGUAUCGUCAAUUUAUUAAUAGUGGAGGUCAGUGGUUUUAGAUGAGAUUUGUUUGCCAUUUAAAUUAUUGGGAUCUUUGUUGCUGUUCCAACAUCAAAUAUAAAUGUGUUUAAGUUGGUAGUGAUAUUCUAACUCUGAGCUAGAAUUGAGAUUUCUUGGUUUUUGGUCAUAGAUCAGCUGUUGGCAAGUCUUAGACCAGUUCCUUAACCUCUCUGGGGGCCAGAAUGCUCAUAAUUAAAAUGGAAGAGCUGAAUUAGAACACUUCCCAAGUCUCUUUCAGCUUUACAAUUAUAUGAAUCUAACAUACACAAUUUUGUGAUUUGUUUUUGGUAAAGACAGUAAUUAAAAUGGUUAAUCAGUCUGGUUGUAUUCUCACUGUAGAUUAGUGUUUCGUGUAUUUAUUUAAAAUGUAAAUUUGCAAGUAGGAAACAUAGUAUCUGAUUGUCUUUUUUUUAGGUGUAUAUGCCCUUAGAAAGUCAGUACUUCUUAUGUGAUGGAGUAGAAAAACACAUACAUAUAAAAUAGGAUCUGUCAACCAUGUCUUACCAUUAUCCCAUGGUGUGUUACUCAACAGUUUAGGGGAAGCAAGCCUUUAAUUGUAUAAAGAGCUGUUGUCGAUUGAGUAGAACAUAGAUUCUUUGAACUGGAAGAAACCUUAGAAAUGAUCCUAGAACCCCAUCUCAGAGACCCAUCACUGGUCUCUGUUUGGGAAAUUGAAUACACCCCUUAUUUAUUUAUUUAUUUUUAGAUUUUAUUUAUUUAUUAGAGAGAACAAGCAGGGGGAGCAGCAGAGGGAGAGGGAGAAGCAGACUCCCCACUGAGCAGAGAGCCUAACAUGGGGCUCCAUCCCAGGACCCUGAGAUCAUGACCUGAGGCGAAGGCAGACUCUUAACCGACUGAGCCACCCAGGUGCCCCACACCUCUUAUUUUUUCAAAUGAGAAAAAUGAAGAUGAUACUGUAAUGUCUUGGAUUAGAGUUUCUUGAGAAAAGACUCCAUGUAUAGUCUAAAUGUGUUUCCCUAAGGUCACCUAGCACAAUCGAAUG